UCUCCUAGACCCCGAGCCGUGCCGCGGAGCUCCUGGCGUCCCGGCCCCGAGGCGCUGCGGCCCCGCCGCGCGUCCCCGCCAGCUCGCACCAUGAACACCAUCGUCUUCAACAAGCUCGGCGGCGCCGUCCUCUUCGAAGACCGAGGGGCCCCUGAGCGGGAGCGAGGUGGCCGGCCCUACGGCGGCGUCCUGGACAGUCCGCACGCCCGGCCGGAGCUGGCCAUUCCUGAUAGCCCGCUCCUCAAGGACAACCUCGGCCUGAGACACCGAAGGACCGGGACCCGGCCCAGCGGCGGGAAGGUGAGGCACAAGCGACAGGCCCUGCAGGACAUGGCGCGGCCCCUCAAGCAGUGGCUGUACAAGCACCGAGACAACCCGUACCCCACCAAGACCGAAAAGAUACUCCUGGCCCUCGGCUCGCAGAUGACGCUAGUGCAGGUGUCAAACUGGUUCGCAAAUGCUAGACGCCGGCUGAAGAACACGGUCCGGCAGCCGGACUUAAGCUGGGCCUUGAGAAUAAAGCUGUACAACAAGUACGUGCGCGGCAACGCCGAGCGGCUCAGCGUGAGCAGCGGCGACUCCCGCUCCGAAGAUGGAGAAAAUCCUUCCGGAAACCACAUAACCGAAGGGGGCUAUAGCACCCCCGGUCAUCACCCCGUGAUGAAGGCCGAAAGCUCGGCGAUGCAGACUGGAGGGAGGCCCGAGUCUCGGGCCGCCGAAGACUACGUGUCGCCUCCCAAGUACAAGAGCAGCUUGUUGAACCGUUACCUUAACGACUCUCUGAGACAUGUCAUGGCCACAAACACUGCCUUGAUGGGAAAGGCACGGCAGAGAAAUCACUCGGGAUCUUUUAGCUCCAAUGAGUUUGAGGAAGAACUUGUGUCUCCAUCAUCAUCAGAAAAUGAAGGCAACUUUGUCUACCGUGCUGACACUCUGGAAAUCGGUUCCAGCAAAGGUGGCAGCGCAGCUAACAGAAAGGGGCCAAGUGAGGGUGACACGUACUGGAAAGAGAUCAAUGCAGCCAUGGCCUUAACAAAUCUGGCCCAAGGAAGAGACAAAGCGCAGGCGACCACCAGCUGCAUCAUUCAGAAGUCUUCUCACAUAGCAGAAGUCAAGACGGUCAAGGUGCCAAUCGUGCAGCCAUUUUAGAGCUCAGCCAGUCCAGCCGACGCUGUGUGUCCGUCUCAUAAAACCUCCUUCUGAGAGCCAAUGCAGAUUCCCAAUGAGACCUCUUAUGUUCAGUUAUCCUAAGUAUAUCAUUUAAUUGCUUCUAUAAAAGAUACAUAAAUUAUAAAACUCAUUUUAAUCAAUAAUGUUAACUUAUUUUAUGUUGCUCAAACUAUGUAUAAAACAUCUGCAUUGCCAUUACAGUAAGUGCCUUGCUUCCAAAGAGUCAGCACCAACGUGGGCAGAGUGGGAGAGCUGUGCCUCAACAAUCAACGCCACAUGCUUUCUAGUCUGCAUGCCCCAUUCCUGCAGCCCCAGACCUUUCAGGACUGAAACCAGAAGGGCUGGGAGCCCGUGAAAUACCGUCCAUCACUCACUCGCUAAAACCUGGAAAUCUGUUCAGCCCAGAUGAAGUGAUCCUUUAAAAAAAAGUCUGCAGUCCUGGAAAUUGAUCUUUGGGCUUUUCAGAACAACGGUGGGAACUUUAUAUAUAUGUAUUUUGCCUGGGAAUCUGAUAUGUUACCAACUUCCAAAAUGAAACGGGCAGUCCUCCACACGAUGUGGACAUUUCAGAAGACAUUCUUCAAACUAUUUUAAAUUUUCAGUGAGU